AAUCGAUUAUUUCGCCUCGUACUAAGAGAGGAGAGGGUUUAGGGAAAGACUCGGUCAGGAUUGUGGGAAGGAACAGAAACAGCCUCUCAACAUCACCGACAACCUCCAGACGGUCCAGCAGUUAUACCAGCACCACCACCACCAACAACAACAACUCUGCCGCCGCCGCCGCCGCCACCACACCGCUCCACCCGGGUCCCUCUCCCCCGCUCACCGGCACCUCGCAGAGAGACCAGGCGAAGCGUCCUCGCCGUCUCUUGAGCAGACACUGUCCGAUCAGAGAGAGAGAGAGAGAGACAGAGAGAGAGAGAGAGAGAGAGAGAGAGAGAGAGAGGGAGGGAGAGAGAGGAGAGAGAGAGAGAGUAGUUUUCUCUGACAUUAUAGAGACUCCUACCACGUACUGUAGGUUACUUUUUUUUCCCUCCCGGCGACGUCCUCUGCUAAGUUGCGCUCCUGGAUUUUAAGUGCGUCUUGGCGAAGUCCGUCCCCAUCAAGCAGCGGCUUCAACCUUCCUGUCAAUCGGCCGGGACCAAACAACCCGGCGGACCCGCUUGUUGUAUCUUUUCCACUUCGUCCGGACAAGAUUUCACGCGGAAUAAAGUACGGAUGCUGGAAUCUUUGAGUUGAUUGGAACAAAUAGAAAGCAGAAAAAAAGAGACAGAUAAAGGAAGAGCAGAAGAGUGAAGAGAAAGAAGAAGAGAAAGAAGACGAAAGAGGAGAGAGAAGAAAGCAUAAAGUUCUUUGAAAAGAGGAGAGAAAGAAAGAGACGGGGACGAUGGGGAGGAAAAAGAUUCAGAUCACGCGGAUUAUGGAUGAACGCAACAGACAGGUGACAUUUACAAAGCGAAAGUUUGGCCUGAUGAAGAAGGCGUAUGAGCUGAGUGUGCUGUGUGACUGUGAGAUUGCCCUGAUCAUCUUCAAUAGCACCAACAAGCUGUUCCAGUAUGCCAGCACAGACAUGGACAAGGUCCUGCUUAAAUACACCGAGUACAACGAGCCCCACGAGAGCAGGACCAACUCCGAUAUUGUGGAGACAUUGAGAAAGAAGGGCCUAAAUGGCUGUGACAGCCCAGACCCCGACGCAGACGACUCGGUCGGCCACAGCCCCGAGUCCGAGGACAAGUACAGGAAAAUAAACGAGGACAUUGAUCUGAUGAUCAGCAGACAGAGACUGUGUGCAUUGAGCAAGAAGGAGAACAAAGGCGGCGAGAGCCCGGAGCUCGAGUCUGCUCUCAUCCUCACCCCACGCACUGAGGAGAAAUACAAACAGAUUAACGAGGAGUUUGAUCACAUGAUUAAAACUCAUAAGAUACCUCAGGCUGUGCCCCCAUCAAACUACGACAUGCCCGUGUCCAUUCCCGUUAGCAACCAGAACAAUCUCAUUUACAGCCAUCCCGGUGGUUCCCUAGGCAACCACAACCUGUUGCCACUGGCGCACCAUGGCCUACAGAGAAACAGCAUGUCUCCUGGAGUUACGCACAGACCCCCCAGUGCAGGUAACACAGGUGGCCUCAUGGGUGCUGACCUCACCACUGGCGCAGGCACCAGUGCUGGAAAUGGAUAUGGGAACCACCGCAACUCACCCGGCCUGCUGGUUUCUCCAGGUGGCAUGAACAAGAACAUGCAGGCUAAGUCCCCCCCACCAAUGAACCUAGGCAUGAACAACCGCAAACCUGACCUACGUGUGCUCAUCCCUCCUGGCGCCAAGAACAAUAUGCCCUCCAUCAACCAGAGAAUAAACAACUCUCAGUCUGCUCAGUCAUUGGCCACCCCAGUGGUAUCAGUAGCAACUCCCACUCUACCGGGACAAGGCAUGGGUGGUUACCCAUCUGCCAUCUCUACUUCUUAUGGUACCGAGUAUUCCCUGAAUAGUGCGGAUCUGUCCUCCCUGUCUGGCUUCAACAGUGGCAGUUCCCUUCACCUUGGCUCAAUGAGUGGGUGGCAACAGCAACACCUUCAGAACAUGCAGCAUUCAGCCCUCGGCCAGCUAGGAAAUUGCUCUAGCUCUCACUUAUGUCAGGGUUCAAAUCUCUCCCUGCCCUCUGCUCAAAGCCUGCACAUCAAGUCCGAACCUGUUUCUCCUCCUAGAGAUCGCACCAGCAGCACACCGGGGGGCUACGGUGGUGGGGUACCACCUCCCCAGAACCCCUCGUCCCGCCAGGACUCGGGACGCUCCCCUGUUGAUAGCCUGAGCAGCUGUAGCAGCUCCCACGAGGGCAGCGACCGCGAUGAGCACAGGAAUGAGUUCCACUCACCUCUGGGACUGGCCCGGCCCGCCCUGGAUGAACGCGAGAGCCCUUCCAUCAAACGGGUGCGCCUGUCGGAAGGAUGGGCAACAUGAUAGCUCUGUCCUCUUCCCCCGCAGUGCCCCGAGUUGCCCUGAGCCCCCCCAACAACGCAGCGUUACGAUGCCCCCCUACCCUCCCAAAGUCAGCUCCCUCCUCUUCCUCCUCUCACUCGAUAUCACGAGUCACUCACCACCCAACCCCAUGGCCUCUCUCCUUUUAUCUCUUUAACGCUGAAGGAAAGAAAAGGGACAACCCUUUUCAAAGAUCUGUUUGUAAUUUCUUUUCCUUUUUUUAAUUUUCUUUUUCUUUUUUUUGCUGAGUGUGUGUGCUAUACAUAUUGACAUUAUAUAAACCAGUGGGGUGUUGUAAUGGGGGUUUGGGAGGGUGGGUGUUGAUUGGGAUGGGAUCAGGGGGUCUUUUUGUUGGGGAACUAUGCAUAAAUUGUAUUGUGUGUGGAUAAAAAGAAUCACGUAUGCAUAUAUCUUUACACGUGUGUGUAUGUGUACAUAUAUGCAUAUCAACAAAUAAACAAAAAAAAUAGUCAGGUACUCUGUUUCAUAAAACGUACUUACAAUUUGCCUCAGCGAUAUAUCAGUGACUAGAGACAAAAAAAAGAAAGAAAAAAAAAACAUUAACAUGAGCGUGAGUGUGUCCAGUGGAAAACACCUUAGCACUUGAGUUGGACAAACAAUACAUGUGUACAGUGUCAGUUUCAUUGCUAUAUACCUUCUCUACAGUUCUCCCUUGCAAAAAUGUGUGUUAACAUUAGAUGAUGUCAUGUUGCAGGUUCAACGUAUUUAUGUAAAUAGAGGGUCAAGGGGGGAAGGGCAAGGGGUCAGAAGUUGCCAGACAUUACAAGAUUUAUUUACUCACUAAAUGAAAAAGCUAUUAUGCAACAUUUGAAGGAUUGUACAGGUAAAACAGGCAAAUCUGAUGUUAGAUGUGUGGCACCUUUGACGAUUUUAGUGCUCCCCUUAAAGAACGGAGCCCAGCGAGGACCACCCUUUGAUCUAAGAGCUACGUUAGUGUAAUCAAGAAAACUCUGGAUCUAGUAUUAACUAUUCAGUAUUAAUAAACAAAAAAAGGGAAAAAUAAAAAACAAUUGUACGAUACACUUGCUUAUAUUUUCAUAUGAAAGGAAUACAAUGCAAAGCAUUUUUGUGGCUUUUUGUAGUUUCUAUAAGCCAGAAUGUGUUUUUUGAUAGCUUUGCUAAUAAGAGAUGGAUAGUGUCGCCCAGAGGGGAAAUGACAGGGCUUCGAAGCCCUAAGCCAUGAAAAACAGACUGAGAUCCAGUGCUUUGCUGAACUGUUUUAUCUUUGUAGAGGUUUGUUUUUAAACGUGUAUUUCUAAUUAUAUAUAAUAAUGGUAAUAUUAAGAAUCUUUUAAAAAAAAAAUCUGUGAAAUUAACAUGCUUGUGUAUAGCUUUCUAAUAUAUAAAUAUAUAUAAUAAUGAUUUUUGUUGGUUUCUUAGUGGAGUUUCUAUGUGCAGUUGCACAUGUUGUCUGGUUUGUUUAAUUUGAGCCCUGAACAGUGCUGUUCAGGGGUGUAUUUAGUCUAACCUUAAAAAAACAGCUGGAAAGCAUUGCCAGGGUUUAGUGUGACAGGCCUGAAUGCUGAAAAACAACCUGUUAGUGGAAAAUGUCACAAGACUGGAACUGGGGAUGACAGAAAUAAACUCUGACACAUGAUGUACAUGAUUGUCACACUGAUGAGGAAAUAUGACUGACCCUCAGCCUGUGUCUAGAUGCAUUUUUAUGCAUCAGAUAUUUCAUUCUUAACCAUAAUUAUCUAAUUUAAUAUACUUAAUCUCAUGAAACAUGUUUUUGACAUUAUCGAUUUUCUGUUCCACCUUAAAUCCUUGCCAUAAUCUUAGCUUGUGCACAGGAUGUUGCGCAAGCCCAAAACCCAAUCUAUACAAUUUUCUUUUGAAUCAUAUUUAUGUAAUAUAAUUUUGCAAGUGCAUUGUGAUUAAUUAUCCCUAAUCAUUUCCGGACGUAAUUUGAUUCAGUGUCAUCCUGUGACUCCUCAUGUUCCACUCUUCAAAACAGGGUUCCACAUCAUUUACCACACGUCACUGACAGUUCAGCGUCAGACACACGAGGACAAAUUGAUCAUGCUGGUAUGGGAGAAGCACAAUUGUUUAUUUUAGAUAAAUAGCUGUUUUGAUUUUCUCUUUUUUAAACAAUGAAACUAGCCACAUAUCUCUCUGCCUCUCCCACUCCCGUAUCUGCUGUCACUUAAGUGUUAUGAUAUUUCUAUGUGCAUAUUUCAUGCAGGUUCACUUUGUUGUUACUGUAUACAGUCUGUGUAGUCAAACAGGGGCAGAGCCUCUAAAAUGGUGUUUCUUCUCUUUUUUUAAAAUUCAAUACAAAAAAAAGGUUGAGAAAAAAAAUAUACAUGAUGUUUCAGGCAGCAUAAGUGUGGAGAAACCAAAGCCAGUGGCAUUUCUGUGUUGUAAACUCAACUUUUAUUUUCACAUUCAUUUAUGGUUUUUGCAAGCAUUGAAACAACACAAUAAAAGAAUUUGCUCAAAUGUACAAUUGGUUUCACAUUUCAAUUUCAGUCAAAUGUAGCUUUAGUUAUCAAGCUGCACUGUCUAUAUAAAAGCACAGUAAUUUAUCUGUUAUGUUGCUCAUUUGUCUCCCUGUGCAUUGCAUUGAAAAGGUUAUACACAGAAACUUAUUUUGUUAUUCACUCACAAUCAGCAGCAUCAUUCAGGCCUGAUCGUGUCAAAAGCAUGCUUGAUCAAAGCACAUUACACACUUAUUAUCACUGCUAUUUGCUCACUGAUUGAAAUAAUGCCAACAUGUCGUGGUGGUUAAUUCGAGUGCUGUAGUUUUCACAAUAAUUCUAACCAAAGACAUGGACUUUGUUUUUUUUUUCUUUGUUUUUUUUUUUCUUUUUGUGUUUGUUAAAUUGGAAGCCAUUCUUUUUCAUCACCUGUUGAUCAGUUGUUCUUUGUCAUUAUUAUAAUAGACUAAAUGUUGGUACCUCAAAAUUGACCCAAGCAGUACCUCAGCUGAUGUUUUGAUAAGUCACUUGCAGUGCAAAGGGGAGACCAUACACCUGUACAGCCAUGUGUAGUAACAUACCGUUGCUUAUAAAGUCCCAAUAUUCACGUGGGAUUCUUUGUUGCUCCACCGUGUUUGUGGUUUAUUUAAGUUGUAUUCAAAAGCUGAAAAAGGAAUUUAAAAAAAAAGAGAAAUAUGUUAAAAUGCUUAAAAAGUCAGUCUGUAGUAUCAAUGUAGCUUGUAUAAACCUGAAAAUGGGGGAGGUUUGGAACUAAUGUUUUCUGGAACGCAAGAGCGGCUUUCAGCGGCAUAAGCUGGCCUUUGUCGCCACUUAAGACUAAGAUGGUAUUAAAUUAAAUCCACAUCUCUGUAACUCAAGGAACUUGAUUCAGCUGUAUGUAGUGAAAACGUAUGGGGGAUGAAAUAAAAGUCUCCUCUGCUGGAGGGAAAGGCUAUUUGUAUUUUGCAGAGAUUUCAGUAAAGUUACUGGCUUUCUUAGUUA